GGAGGGGUCAGGCCACACUGCGCCAGCGUGGGAAAGCGGAGCGGGAGCCCGAGUCUAGCGAAGCCGCGGCCGCGUGGAGAGCCGCGCGCAGCUCCUACUGAAGCGGAGCACUGCGGGGACACUCCGCACUAACUGUUGCUGCUGCUGGAGGAGCACGAGGAGGAGGAGGAGCAGAGGAGGAGAGCACGAGAGGGAGGAGGAGGAGGAUGGCUAAAGCAUGCAUGCACCAGCCGACUACCUGUGUGGCCCGCCAGGACACUGGGAGAUCUGUGAUGUAGGUGAAGAGUCCCGGUGGGGGAGACGCACGCACGCACGCGCACACACACACACAUACACGGGCGCCGUUUCUCCUUCGCAGCUCGUAGUGGGAUUACCGUAACCGCUACGGGCGAACUGAAUGGGUAAAUACAAUAUUUGCGUAUUUCGUUAUUUUUUUAUGUGACAGGAUUUUAAUUUUUUUGCAGAAACAGUCUUGUUUGUUUUGUUUUUUUUUUUGCUUUGCACGAGUUUUUUGAACUAGCUUGCUUUUGGCUUUCGCACGCGCAGCCCGAGCAUGCAUUCUCAUAAAAGUCGGAUUUUUUGCGUUUCGCUUUUAAAAUAGUCUUUCUGACUAAGACGGACAUGCACGCGGAGCCUGGGAGUGUUUGGUCGCAGAUGACAACUUUUAUUGCUCGGUUUUAAGACAAUGAGAUGAGCGCAGGGCCACGUGCUCGGGCUACUUGGUGGUGGCACAAAGCAGGGCGCGAGCAUCACUGCCAGCGCGGUGUCAGAAGUAAACACAAAGAUAACUAACUCUCCGCCGAGGGCUCUGUUCAUUAUUGCUAAGCAGCGCUCGCCUCGUUGAGCCGUGCGUCUUUUUUCCCCUCCGCCGACCUUGUUUCAGCGCUCAGCCUCAGUCACAAACCCCCAGAGUCUGUACUGAUUCACGAGGCUCCAUGAAACGCGUCUAAUUUAACGAGAUUCCAGAUGCGUGUGCGGUAACGGCGGCUCUCGCGCUAGCUGGCUGUGGGGGGAAAAAGCUGGGACUUUGGCCCGCUUUGAGGCUCCGCGUGUGGGUGGAUAGGCUGGCUGGAGAGCCGGGGAAAAAGUGCGCUCCGGAUCCAGCAGGCUGCCCUUAAAGAGGUGAGCUCAGAGCCGCGCUCUUCUUCGCUAUCCUGGCCAAGGCUGCGUGAACCGGGCUUUGGGAUUCCCCCUGCAACCCUCGCCUCCCUCCCCCCUCCUCCUCCACCCCCCUUCACAGCAACAGGCUGCAGGCGAGAGAGAGGAACACGUGCAAGCAGGAAAACGCAACAGUAUGGACAAAGAAAGCAUGAUCCAGCAGUACGAGCCCGUGGCCGAGAUAGGCGAAGGCGCCUAUGGGAAAGUGUACAAGGCGCGAGACCUCAAGAACGGGGGACGCUUCGUGGCCCUGAAGAGAGUGCGGGUGCAGACCGAGGAAGAGGGGAUGCCGCUAUCCACUAUCCGCGAGGUGGCGGUGCUGAGGCAGCUGGAGUCCUUCGAACACCCCAAUGUUGUCAGGUUGUUUGAUGUCUGUACAGUUUCUAGAACUGAUCGGGAGACCAAACUUACUCUGGUCUUCGAGCAUGUGGACCAAGACUUGACUACAUACUUGGAGAAAGCACCUGAUCCAGGAGUGCCACCUGAAACCAUAAAGGAUAUGAUGUACCAGUUGCUGCAGGGUCUGGACUUCCUCCACUCGCACCGCGUGGUUCACCGAGACCUGAAGCCUCAGAACAUUCUGGUCACAAGCGGAGGACAGAUCAAACUGGCUGAUUUUGGCCUGGCACGCAUAUACAGCUUUCAGAUGGCGCUUACUUCAGUGGUGGUCACAUUAUGGUAUCGAGCUCCAGAAGUGCUUCUGCAGUCCAGUUACGCCACCCCAGUGGAUCUGUGGAGUGUGGGAUGCAUCUUUGCUGAGAUGUUCAGGAGAAGACCCCUUUUCCGAGGGAACUCUGAUGUUGACCAACUGGGCAAGAUUUUUGAUGUGGUUGGAGUCCCUUCUCCUGAAGACUGGCCCCAAGAGGUGGGUUUGCCUCAGAGUGCCUUCUCCCCUCGCCCUCCCCAGCCCAUCGAAGACCUGGUGCCAGACAUGGAUGAACUCGGCAAAUCUCUCUUACUUCAAUUCCUGUCAUUCAACCCAGCCAGAAGGAUAUCAGCUUAUGAAGCUCUGUCUCACCCAUACUUCCAGAGCCUGGACAGCACCAGCAAGAGUCUGUAUGCCCAGCCCUUCCCCAGCAAAAAGCCCUCCCUGGAGGAGAGAGCUGCCUGAAAGACUUUGACCCCCUUUUUUUGGCUUAAAAACUCACUGUGCCCAAGGCACUGGCCCCCAACCUCCUUUUUGAACUUGUCUUCCAUUGCAACAUUACGUGCUGCUUUUAGGUCUCUUUGAAGUAUUACAGCAACUCCUGGUUGAUGUGUUUUCACUGCAAGGCCUGCAGAAGGUAAAUUCACUCCCUGCCUGGGGCAAUUAAAAAAAAAAACAAAGAAAACUUCAGAAGCUGCUUUCCUGCCUGCCUGUCUUCCCCUAAGAGGACGUCCCCUCUGCUCAGAGGAAACUCCACUGCCAGCUACUUGAUACAGAGGCUGCUACAUCACCAUGCCAGGGAUCACUCUGUCCUUCUUAGAAUUAAGUCAAUGAGAUAAAACUGCCAGGACUCAACCGCCUUUCACUGCUCCAAUUCAGCAACUGCCUGUGACUGACCCGUUGUCACACUUCGGACCCUGCGGAACGUAGAAUCGUCACUGAUAAUGUGGGUCUGUUGAACAGAACCUCAGUAGAAAAGAUGUAAUCACACACUCACAUUCUCUUGCUCAUGCCCUUGAAUGGCUCACAGUUAUGGGCCAAAUGAUUUAUUUGAGGUUUUAGUUUUGUGCCAGCUUGUUGUCCCUCCCCCAAGGCUGAGGGCUGGGCUUUGUGGACUUGAACAGCAAUUAAUACACAUUCACUGCCUUACAGAGGACAAGGAAUCAUAUGACUUUACUCCUUCGUGAUAGUGCCAGCUGUGUCCAUCGGCCCAGAGAGACCAAACACUUCAGGCUGAUUUUCUAGACACAUACUGAGCCUAGUCCCCACUGGCAGUGUAAUUUAGUCCAAUGCUAGACUUAAUCUGUGUCUGGAAAACCAUCCCUUGAACUCCUAGCAAAAUGUAACAAUGCAUUAUAGCCUAAUGCUACAUAAAUUGUUUGUUCUACUUUCUACACUGUUCAUUUAUUAAUAUUUUUUUGUAAUAUCAGUGUUGAUCGUUGAUGCCUUAUUGUGGUUUUAUUUUAUGUCUUAAUUUUUAGUUGACUUGAAGGUGUAGGGACUUGUUAGAAAAUGCUAUAUCCCAUGUAUGACGUCAUACAGUAUGCACCCUGUGGUCAGGGAAAUGGUAUAGUAGCUCAUUUAUGUAGUUAGAGGAGUGCCCCUCACUGGGUAGCAAGUCGCUAUUAGAAUGAAUCAGUAUAAAAGCAAAAGCAGGUGUAAACGGCAGGUGGUUUAACAUAUAGUUGUAGUGCAGUAAUGCGUGAGCAGAUAGACAAAUAGUCUAGUUUUAGAGAUGGCAAAUGAGAUGUAAAAGGUCAUGAGAAAGGGUUUUGCAAAGGGCUAGAAGGGUAAUGUGAUGACUGCUGGAAUUCAGGACGUUGUACAUACAGUUUAAACGUCUUACAUUAUAUCCUUCCAUGUUUCAUUUCUCUUAGAUGUCCCAGCCUCUUGUCUGUUUUUUCAGAUAAGUUUGAAUUGAGGGAGGAAAGGAAGGAAGGAGGGAAGGAUGCUGCUUUAGACUUUUUUUUUUUUUACAAUGUGGUCCAGGACUAAGACUAAACUGAGGAGAAGCUACACACAAGCACUGUAUCACAGACAUAUAUCCACAGGUUCAUCCAGAUAAGCACUGGUGCUUCCUUCAUACACUCAGGAUCUCAGUAGACUCAUUGGUUCGUAUUUAUCAGUUAGCUCAGAGUGAGGCCGCCUGGUUUUGCCUUUCAUAGUAUGCUGCACUAAAUUAUAUCUUUGUGAAAGUGAAAAAUUCUUAGAUGUAGUCAGUGUAUCUAAUGUCUCUCGUUAUGAGAUAAUUUAACCUAUUUCUAUACAUUUUCACUUGUUUUAAGAAAUUUUAUCGAGUGAAAGUGUUUUAUUCCAUUGGCAGAAAAUUUUACUUGUUUCAUGAAUUAAGUAUGAGUAAAAUUAUCUGACAGUUAUGGAGCCCUGCUGGUGACAUCUCGUAAAAAUAAAAAUAAUGUGUGGCCACGGCAUAUUAAUGCGUGGGAACGCAUGCCCAUGACUUAAUAAAGCGUUAGAAAAAGAUGAUUAAUUCGUGACCACGACUUAGUAAGGUGUGGGAACGAGAUCGUGCCUUAUUAAGCUGUGGUCAAAGCUUAAUUAUCUCAUUCCCAUGCCUUACUAAGUUGUGGCCAC